UUGCAGUCAGGUGUUUUCUUUUAUCGAUAAAUCCGCGGUCGCACUGAUGCUUUUGCAAAUAAACGAAAAUGACUGAAUUCCAAUGGCCCUGGGAGUACACAUUCCCACCGUUCUUCACUUUACAGCCCCACGAAGAAACCAGACAGCAGCAGCUGAAGGUCUGGACGGAUCUCUUUCUCAAAUACCUCAAGCAUACGAAUAAGUUUUCACUCAGCAUCAACGAACAGAGCUUGCCACUAUUCCACAAUGAGUCAAUUCAGCGGCGCCUUUCCCCGGAGCUCAUUCUGGUAAUACUGGAGGAACUGCAACGGACUGGGCAUGCAGCUGCCUUGGACAAACGCCGCCAGGAGUGGCAAGUGUAUUGGUACACAUUGGAGGAGUAUGGGAAUAUGGUAUACGAUUGGAUACAGGAGACGGGGCAGACCAACAGCAUUUGCACACUGUACGAAAUAGCUUCUGGCGAGAACUCCACUCAAAUGGAUUUCCAUGGCGUGGAUGAGUCAGUGCUCCUGAGUGCACUACGACUGCUGGAAGAGAAAGGCCGAUGUGAACUAAUUGAGAUGGAUGGCAGCCAUGGUGUCAAAUUCUUCUAAAUGAUUUUGAGGCUUGGUAUUGUGUAUUCUCUCCAAUAUAAACAAAAAAGAAUGCGUCACCGACCCGGUAAGGAAAUUCAUUAUAUUGGUUUUACCAAUAUUCAUUAUUAGUAUCAAUCGCAAUAUCAGUCGAUGUAGCCAUAUUCAUAUGCAUUAACGCCAGUAUGGCUAUAUACGCAUUAUGUCAGAGCAAGUACAUUUUAAAUAAAAAAUAAAAAUUAUUUUGACACAAGGA